AUGUCUAUAGUGAUAAGUUAAUUUUCAAAUAAGAAGGUAUCGGUCUUCUUUUUAAUUCUAUCAAGUCAUAAAAUCCUUCUUAAUGGAUUUUAGUUUAUAAUAAUUUCAUAUCAAAUCAAUUAGACACUAAAAUUAUGGAUUUUUCUAAUUUUUCAUAAGUUGAUCCUUUUUUUUAAUAAUAGUGAACUUGUCUAUUUAUGGAAUUUAAAAACAGGGAAAUAAAUUUUGAAAUUAAUUGGUCAUAAUAAAGAUUGGCAAUACAUUAGCAUCUUCUAGUUGAGAUAAUCUAUCCGUUUAUGGAAUGUUAAAACAGGAUAAUAAAAAGCAAAAUUAGUUGGUCAAUAUAGCACAGUUUAUACAGUCUGUUUCUCUCCUGAUGGUAUCACAUUAGCAUCUUGUAGUGAAGAUUAAUCUAUCCAUUUAUGGGAUGUUAAUACAAAUAAAUAAAAAUGCAAAUUAUCUGGUCAUACUGAACCCGUAAAUUCAAUUUGUUUUUCUCGAGAUGGUAAUACAUUAACAUCUGGUAGUGCAGAUAACUCUAUCCGUUUAUGGGAUGUUAAGACAGGAUAAUAAAUGGUCAAAUUGGAUUGCCAUUCGAAUUCAGUCCAAUCAGUCUGUUUCUCUCCUGAUGGUACUAAAUUAGCAUCUGGUAGUUAAGAUCAGUCAAUAUCUUUAUUGGAUAUUACAGUACUAAGUUAGCCUGUUGUAGUAAUGAGAAUUUGA